AUGAUUACUUUAGCGACACUGAUUACAAUGCUUAUAAUUCCUAUAAAAUCAAUGUCAAUGCGUGACAAACGAUGGACAUUUAAUAGUUGGCGAUUGCAUGGUCGUCGAUAUACAUCUCAUGCACCAGUAUUAACUCCUACAAUUGAACCUUAUCCUCCUACAAUAGCUACUGAUGUCAAUCCUCAAGAUCAACUUCUUAAUGGUGACAAUGAUGAAGAUGACAAUAUAUAUAAUUCACUUAUAUGCCGAUUACAAUUGUUUCAAAAGUUAGAUCGUAAACAAAAAGUAGAAGACAAUGAUAAUAUUGAGUUUUGA